AUGGAGACAGCCCACCGCCGGCGGAGACAGAUGGCAGGACGGUCCAGCCAGAACGAUUUCCCCGCCUACGACGAAGGUUGGCAACAAGCAGCGGAGGUUAUGGAGAUGAGCACCUCUACUUCCCUUCCGCGUGCUCCUCCCAGCAGUGCCUCGAGCAGCGGUUUAGUGCACGAUGUUCAAAGUGCCAUCAACCAAGCCAGAAAGCUGGAAGGCCGACUGAAGAAGCUUCAAAAAGAAGCCUUACAGAAGGGGCGUUCCUGGGACGCGUGGGUAUUGAAGAUGCGGAACUCGUAUGCACGAGAGCACGAAAGGCAUCAGAACGAGCAAAGACGCCUGGCGGCAGACAUCAAGGAGGCGGAAGACAUGACGAUGGCCGCCUACUUACAAGUUCAGGACGCAGCCUUCAAGCAGCAGCGCUCCACCAAGGAAGCCAUCCCACCCCCCUUGGCGUGGGAGUCUGCCAUGGAGGUCGAACAGGAACAGCCGGAUAUGCCUACGAGACAAGAGCUAGAGAGAAUGCUUCAGAUUGUGCAAACCCGCAGAGGAGACCAUUCGACUCCGCCGCGACCCACUGGUGCUGCACCUCUCACCCCACCUGGGAUCUCUCAGGGAUAUCGUAUGGAUCUUUCCCCAGGGCCACCUGUCACCUCCGAUGGGUACCCUACGCCACCGAGCAGAUCCCCGGCGCCCACUUCGGCGACUACAGCAGGACCUGCAGAUCCUCGUGCACCCCCAGCAGCAGACCUUCCUUCCAAAGGGCAGAGCGCACUAUCUGCGAAGCUUUCGGAAAAGCGAAGAUCCAUGCGGCAAGCUAUGGCCCCCUUUGGGAUCGGCAAGAAACCUGCGACAGCUCAGGGCCACGACGAGACCAAUACGACAUUGGAAGAGGCCGCUCGACCACCGGACCAGGCACUCAUCGACGACGAUCCGGACGAAUUGUGUCAUUGGAAGACGGAGUCCUCGGCGGAGACAGACCCGAGGACUGUCUUUGUACUGGAUUUCUCGUACUGGAACGGGCCGGUUUUUGCGGUUGCUGAUUGGCGGUAUGUCUCGCUGACCACGCUAGCUGCCGAAGCUAGGCGCUUCGCUCCAGUGCCUUGGCAGGUCUCUCACGGACGUCAGGACUCCUUGCUCCUACCGGGAGCCACUCUCUUUGCUGCACCAGGAGAUGUCUUCCGUUUUACGCCCUGCGACCUGCCAUGUGCACCAAAGCUCACUCUUGGCCAAAUGCUAUUAGAUGCAGCAUUAUGGGACAUCAGCCCUCCCUUUAUACCCAGAGAAGAAGCCUCCCAUGCAUGGCUCGUGUUGCGAAGCCAUGUUACUAGAACACCCAUCUAUUCGGGUACCUCUAGGGAUGAGCUCUUCCAACUUGCUGCCGAUUCCACCCACUCCGAGGUCAACGAUCUGCACUUCGGCAUGCCUCUUGACGACAGCCCUCUGCAAGAGAUUGUUUACCAGGGCCGCUCCUUGCGAGGGGUACUGGCCGCUGAGCCUCGCUCUGGAAAUGGGCCUGGACUGGGAGCUUUCGUUUUCGUUGAUGCACGACUAUUGGGUCUGAACCCCUCCUUCAGAUAUUGCCCGGCAGGUUGGGUUGACCUGGCAUAUUUUACGGCUUACCUAGCACUAAAGAUCCCGAACGGGUAUCAUCUUGAGGCCUCAGGUAUGUGCCAUGUGACUCAGCAGGCUGUGCCACGCCCCCUGCCCCUGCAGACCGCAACCUCGCAGACUUCGGCCUCUCCCCUGCAGCCGGUAACUGAGACGGCAACACCUACUGGGCCCUUUCAGCGCUGUCACUUCCUGAUUUUUUCAGUAGACUUCCAACCGGAGGCUCUGACGCUUGAGCUCCCGGUGCCUUGCGUGCUCGAACAGGCGAUGCAGACAAUUGCCGACUCCCGUACUGCAGACAUUGCAUUCGACUUCGACAAUUUGCUACCAGCUUGUCCCCAGCCUGACGAUUCUUUUGGAGCCCUAUUGGCCUUGCCCGAGUGGUACUCAUUAGAUGCCAUCAUCUUGAUUGACAUCAGGACUAUUGAUGGACGGAUCUUCGCAAUGAAUACCAAAGGCAGGCUCAACCGCUCCUCGAUUCUGCUGCAUGCCCAGAUCAAUGAUGGGCCUGACAUCCAGGUCUUCUUGCGAGGCGGGCCUGUCGAUAGCACUACGUGGUAUGAGUUCCACUCUGGUGAGACGAUUUUCAUCCGGCACCGCGACUCACCUCCCGCACCUGCUGUCUAUCUCGAUGACAUGCUCCAGGACGAACACGACUGGUGUGAAAUAUGCCCGUUAUUCGAAGGGCCGCUGUUUCCGGCCUUCAGGUUGCCAGCUUUGCAGAUUUCCGACGGCUUGCUAGCCAGCAUCUCGGUUUUACCUAAUCCGGUUUUCUGCUCGUCUUCGCCGCGAGUCACUGAUCUCGCUGUUUGCGGACAAGCUUGCAAAGCCAUCCUUGUGGCCUCCGAGAAGGUCCUGCGAUUACCGACACCGCCUGGGCGUUUGAGCCUUUAUACCCCCAUAGCCUUCCUCGGUUGCAGAAGGGUCUUACAGGGAUUUUCUUGGAUCGCUGCUGAACGGGGUCUCCUUGACCUGGAACAAGUGAGCGCUUCAUUUCAGGACACUGCCCCGGAAGGCUACUCCCCGAAUGUGCGAGGAGCCGACACUGAGAUCAGGCUUGGGAGGCCUUACUUGCGAAUUACCUUCGGCACUCUCCUGACUGUCACCUUUGUGGCCAACACGGCUGAGUCUGAUGAUGAUUCUUCCCCCCCGAGCUCUGGACCUAGCACAGACGACGACCAUGAGGCCGAGGUACCUCCCAGCAACCCCGAUGAUGGUGCCAUCGACGCCCCCAUUUCUUCAAAGCCGCGGGCGAAUUCGCACUCUAGGAGCCGCUCCCCCCGACCCACAGGUGCCGGAGAAGCCAACGGGCAUGCACUAGUGUGUUAUGACAUUGUUCAUGCAGCGCUACACAGCGCAAAGCCCUGCAACUUCAGCUGGCUUAGCCCCAUUCAGGAAUUUCUUGAGUGUGGCCCGAACACUCUCCCAGGUAUGCCUGAGCCCUACGAUGCGGUAUCACUUGCGAGUCCGUGCGAUGUGCUAUCACUGCUGUUUGAGCCUUUUUGGGGUAAGCACAGGGACUUCACUGUCAAUCCAUGCACGCUGUUCUCCUGUUGCAAGCUGCUUCAUGAACCACGGAGCUCCUCGCCCGCUCUAAGCCAGCUUGUUGCAGACCUGCGGCGGAUUACCACUCGGCUAGAUCAGCCGUGGCGAUAUGCUGCUGCCGAGGAUGACAUACAGCUUGCGGAUGCUGCAGAGACAGCAUCUACCCAAACUGCUUCAAGCGAGGAGCCCACUCUCCUCCAUUUUGUUCUGCUCUCCCCCGGCCGCACCGCAACGCAUAUCGCUUUUCAUCAUGUUUUGCCUGCCACACUCGAUGAGGUACUUGCGCAGACGCAGGCUGAGCGAACACCUGAUGAUCGCUUGCGCUUCCCCAACGUCGUCCCUGCAAGUCCACAACCAUGCCCUGGCUCAGGGGUCUUAUUGGCCCUACCUUCUUGGUGUCGCGAUGACCCGACAGCCUUGUGCUUCCUGUGCCUUGACCUAACUGCCGUUGAUGGGCGGAUCCUUGCCGUUGUGAGCCCGCACUAUGUCAGCCGCAGACACCUUCUGCAUAUGGCUGACCUGCCCAUUGAGUCCGACAUAGCUGUGCAUAUGAAGGACGACUUCAUGCCCUUGCCGGGCAAUUUGCAGUACCAUGUCGCUACUGGCGACACUUUCCUCUUUCUGCCGAGCGGUGCCGUUGCACCCACCCUGCAUGACCUGACUCAAGAGUUGCUCUCGCAUAGAGCUUGGAGCCCCAUCUUGACAGUGCCUACAGUGUCAGCCGGACAACACCUGUGCUUGGUCCAUGAGAAUGAGACCAUCCUUUUCCAGCCCACUAUCGGCUCGCCCACUACGCUUCACGCUCAGAUUGCUGCUUGCAUCGGUUCAAGCCGGCGUUUCCUUCGGUUAUUUCCUUCCAGCCCCCGCGUUACCGACGCUGCACUCCAUGGGGUCCCUUGCCGGACUGUCUUAUCCGUCUGCUUACCUCCAAGUCAGAUGCCUGCACCCUUUCACGGCGUCAUCAUAGAUGCACGAGCCAUACUGGCCGGAUGGAGAACCUUUCCUGCAAUUGCUGGCCGUUUCUCUUGCAAUACUGUGCUUGUCGACCUUCAACGGGGCCUCCCUGCAGGAUGGAGGACGCGUUUUCUGGACAUUCCCCUUGGCGUUGAUCUGAUCGACACCUCUCCUGGUCAAGUCCUGACCGCUUUUGCCGAGCUUAUUCCCAGCCAAGGUGCUGUGACCGCUGCACCUGAGCGCACAGAUGCUUCCGGACACCACGCCGCCGAACGUGGAGCUACAGGUCCCUCCCCUGUCCCCGUCGGACAGGCUCCUGCCGGAGACACCCCUACUGGAGGUCCUACACCUGGUGGAUACGAGGCCCGCAGAGGCGGACGCGCACCCCACGAGGACCCCCAUGCACCGAGGACCGACUCUUUCCUCACCCGUGUAUUCUUGGUCCUCGGCCAAAACUAUUUACCAGAGACGAUUGAAGUGCGGUUGCCCGCAGAAAUAACAGUCGAACGUGCUCUGGAACAAGUCGCUGCCGCGCGACACCCCCGGGAUGCAUACUUUCUGCCAAGCCUCCUUGCGGUCAAGCCACAGCCCUGCUCCUCCCACGCACUGCUGCUCGCGGCACCGGCUUGGCCACCUGCUGGUGCCCUGGUUGCCUUUGAUUGCAGACCGGUCGGCGGGUCAGCCUUUGCCCUGCAUCUUUUUGGCAGUCUGACUCGUCAGGAACUGCUCCGUGCCGCCCGGCUUGACGCCGACUUCCAAGGUGACAUUUAUGUCGGCAGCCUACCCUGGGCAUUGGCGAAGGGAUUGCUAUCCCCCUAG